UUACCAUCACCUCUCACUAAACUUUUGUUCAUUUUUUUUACAGAUUAGGACUAGAUGCAAAUUAUAAUUAUUACAAUUGUAUUUGUCCGUUCCGCUACUCCCACGUCCCUAGGUUCAAUUUGGUGUUCGGCAUUUGAUCGGUUGGAAGUCCUGGUUCAGGAUGAAAAGAUGCAGCGAGUCAUCAUCCCUUUGCCCAGAAUCAAAGAGGAAGAAAGAUAACAACGAUAUGUUGACAGAGAAUUUUGACGCUAAAAUAAAGAAUGACAUGAAGAAAAAACACCCCAGUGAACCCAAAAACCGAAAGGAACGCUCAUCUUGCUUUGUAUGCGGAAAUGCCGACCUUGCGUCCACAUCGAUGGCCAAAAAGCUAUACUCGAAGCAACUGGGUGAAUUUAACUCUAUUUUGGAAAAAUUACAUCCUGGUGCGGCGGAAGAAGAAAUUAUGGACAGUUGUAAAAUGUGCCUUGGUUCAAUUACGCAAGUCUGGGAUCUCCACCUGGAGAUGGUAUUAAUUGUGGAGAAUUGUUUCGAAAUUAUGAAUGCGAGGUUGGAUAAAAACUGUUUGUCUCCAACUAAAAGUACCCCAAGAAAAAAAGUAAAAACCUUACUUGAUAAUGCUUACAAAGUGAACAAAUUGAAAAACCACACCUUGUCAGAAUCAUCCUCACCUGAGGCGAUAAAUCAUCAAACUAAUCCUGAAGAUAACCUUGUUGACUCUGUUGAAUGGAAAGAAAUCCAAGUGACCGGUGGAAUUCCUCACAACUACAAUGAAGACAAACAACUUAAAGAACGUAAAAGUGGCCCAAGACCGAUGCGAAAAAGUAAAAUAAACGCUAAGGCUGUUAUUCGUUCUGUGACGAGGGCUGUUUCCCCUGAUAAAAAAAUAAAACAAGAAAAAUUGGAGGAAUCCGAUUUCGAAUUAGAUGCCGAUGAUGCAUACUUGAAAGGCGAAGAAGAAGAAGGGACAUCCGACUUCGAAAUUUCUCCAACAAAGAAACGUAUCCAAAAAGGGUCUACUUCAAUUUCCAAAAAACAAUUGCCUUGUCAAACCUGUGGCAAAAUAUUCUCUACCUCCACCACUCUUAGAACCCAUAACCUUCGUGUUCACGAUCAAACUAUGAAUCAUGAGUGUGAUUCCUGCGCUAAAAAGUUUUUCACUAUUACCGAGCUCCAGGCACAUAAGAAAUCAAUUCAUGAUCCCGACUCUUUUUGUUGCUCUGUUUGUGACAAGAAGCUGUCGUCCAGACGAAAUCUAGCUAUUCACGAAACUAUCGUGUGUAACGUAAUUUGGGAUGAAAAGGAACUGGCAGGAUUGAAACUCAAAAUUCAACAUUGCACUUUCGAAGGAUGCGCCAAGAAAUUUGCAAAAGACGUAGAGUUCCGGAGACACACAAAAACCCACACGAAUAUGAAAAACUUUACUUGUUCAACAUGUGGCAAGGCUUUCAAACUUCAAGUCUCUCUUGACCUACACUCCAAAAUGAUUUGUGGUUCAGGUUCAGACGAGCCUAUUGCUACCAAAAUCAGGUUGCGCCGUUCUUUCAACGCUAAGAAACCCAAAAACCUAAAAUGUCCAUUCUGUCCACGAAGAUUUAUUACAGCAAGAAUGUUGAGAUAUCACCAGGAAGAAAAAAAUCACAAGUCUGCAGAAGACGUAAUAGCGAUUUGUUACCUAUGUGGGGCCACCGUAACCACAGCUGGAUUACCGAGUCACAUCCGACGUGUUCAUGAAAAGGCGUACUCAUGCUUUUGUCCCGUUGCAGAAUGUAAGAAAGGUUUUUAUUCCACAAGUGAGAUGAUUCAACAUGAGCGAUACGUUCACUCUGGCCAACCACGCCCUAAACCAAUUAAAAACUUGAAAUGUUCGCUGUGUCCAACUCCAACAACAUUUGCACAUCCCUCUACCCUUGCAACGCACAAGGCUCGGAUACAUCUCACUACGAAGCCAAAAUAUCUAUGCGAUCAAUGCGACUUUAGUUUUUAUGCGAAACCCGAAUUGGUACGGCAUUUAAAGACGCACAACAAACCAGGCGUAAAUUGUCCUGAUUGUGGGAAACAUUUUGAGUAUGAAUUUCGUCUCAAGACACAUCAAGAACGAGGGCUUUGUUGGAAAAAGUCUCGACAUGGAGCUGGUCAAUCAAAAACAAGAAAGAAGCCAAGUGGAUGGUGUGCUAAAUGUGAUAAGGUGGUGGCGAGUAAUAAAUGGCUGUUGGCUAGACAUUGCAGGGAGGUGCAUCCAGUAGAUGUAAAGGUUGAGAUUGUUAAAGAUGAAGAAGGAGAGACCAAAUUAGGUGCCCCUGAAAAUUUGGAUAGUGCAAAUAUUCCAAAGACGAUGGAAUUUUUUCUUGUGCCAGAUCUGCAAGGAGAGGUUGAAAUUAGUAGCAGCAAUGGUUUGAUGAAUGAGGCAGUGAUAGUGGUGGAAUCGAUACAUAAUUAGUAGCAAGUAUUAGGUAUUGCAUGCAACAUGUAUGUACAUAUGCAAGCCCCAGCUCAGGCUAGAAAUGAGGAUUUGUAAUAAAUGUGGCGACUUUGCUUAAAAUGUAAUCAAAUUUAUGUACAUAAAAAUACAAUACCAUUCUUAGAAAUUAAAUUCAGCAUUCAGUAAGCUA